CUUCACAUUUGCAUUUCAUUUGCGCUCGCUCGCUUUCUCCAUUUUCUGAAAGCUCAGGCGCUUAAUUGCGGGAACAAGAGAAUCACUCUCUGUUUCUCCAUCCACCUCAACUCCUUCAUUCCAUUACUCAUCCAUUUCUAGGGUUCUGAAAUACGAAACUAAGAAUUCGAAUUAGAGCUGUAAAGGGGUUCCACCUUCAUGGUGGAGCUUUGGGGAGCUGCAGCUUAUUGAUAGAAUGAUUUGGCACUGUGGACCAGAUAUUUAGACGGAGAUCUAUAAAUUAGAGAUUACAAUUCUUUUGCAGGUAAACCAAUAAAUGGCUGACGGUGAGGACAUUCAACCUCUUGUUUGUGACAAUGGAACCGGCAUGGUCAAGGCUGGAUUUGCGGGAGAUGACGCUCCAAGGGCUGUGUUCCCCAGCAUUAUUGGUCGUCCACGCCACACGGGUGUGAUGGUUGGCAUGGGUCAGAAAGAUGCCUAUGUUGGAGAUGAGGCCCAGUCCAAGCGUGGUAUUCUAUCUCUCAAGUAUCCUAUUGAGCAUGGUAUUGUCAAUAAUUGGGAUGACAUGGAGAAGAUCUGGCACCAUACUUUCUACAAUGAACUUCGGGUCGCUCCUGAGGAGCAUCCAAUUCUUCUCACAGAAGCACCCCUCAACCCAAAGGCUAACCGAGAAAAAAUGACUCAGAUUAUGUUUGAAACCUUCAAUUCACCUGCCAUGUAUGUUGCUAUCCAGGCUGUUUUAUCCUUGUACGCCAGUGGUCGUACAACUGGUAUUGUUAUGGACUCGGGGGAUGGUGUCAGCCAUACAGUCCCCAUUUAUGAAGGCUAUUCUCUUCCCCAUGCUAUUCUUCGCCUUGACCUUGCUGGUCGUGACCUCACAGAACAGUUGGCAAAAAUCCUCACUGAGCGAGGUUACUCAUUCGUUACCUCUGCUGAGAAGGAAAUUGUUAGGGACAUGAAAGAGAAGCUGUCAUAUAUUGCUCUUGAUUUUGAGCAGGAAAUGGAGGUUGCCAAGACCAGCUCUAGUGUUGAGAAGAACUAUGAAUUACCUGAUGGUCAAGUGAUAACUAUAGGAAACGAGCGUUUCCGAUGCCCUGAGGUCCUUUUCCAGCCAGCAAUGAUUGGAAUGGAAGCUGCUGGCAUCCAUGAAACGACAUACAAUUCUAUAAUGAAAUGUGAUGUUGAUAUAAGGAAGGAUUUAUAUGGGAAUGUCGUACUCAGUGGUGGGUCCACCAUGUUUUCCGGGAUUGGUGAUAGAAUGAGCAAGGAGAUCACUGCAUUGGCUCCUAGUAGCAUGAAGAUUAAGGUGGUCGCUCCUCCUGAAAGGAAGUACAGCGUUUGGAUUGGGGGAUCCAUCUUAGCAUCCCUCAGUACCUUCCAGCAGAUGUGGAUAGCAAAGGCAGAGUAUGAUGAAUCUGGUCCGUCAAUCGUGCAUAGGAAAUGUUUCUAGCUAGAGGCAUUUAUCAUUGUCUUGAAGUUCGCACUAUGAAGGAAAAAAUGCUGCUUGCAUUCUCGUUCUUGAUUUCUGUCUCUAAUUUUCUGUUCAUGCCAUCAGCUUAAUUUCCAGUUAAUAACAUCAGUCCAUGGUCUUGUUAUUGUAGAAUCUUUGUGAUUUUUCCCCGAUUAUUUGUAGUUUUGCCCUAUUGUUUGUAGUUUUUUAACUAAUAAGUAGUUUAGUUAUUUGUUCUUG